GAAGAAUAUUAUUAACAAAAACAUGGAUAAAGUAGUAGAAGAACUCGAAACUAAGAUGAAAAAAACUGAUGAGCAUUUCGAAAGUUUGGCAACUCAAGUGGGUGACAUAGAAAAAGAUAUUUUUAGCGAGUCUGGUGAGGAAAUUCAAGUCAACAACUUGCUGAAAUCAGUGCACAAGGUGAAAUCGAAUUACCAAAAUUUGAGGCAAGAAUUGCUGGAGGUUCAAGAUUUGCAAAAACAGUUGAGCAGUUCGCUGCAUUUGCAGCUAAAAAUGAUGCAGUUAAAGUUCAACAUAUUGAAGGAAAAAGUUUAUAUACCGGAAAGUCAUAUAAAUAAUAUACAGAGGGAGAGAGAAAGAAGAGAUUAAAUGAUGUGUAUA